AUGCCGUCGGCGCACAGCUCUCGCAUGGCCCGGGCGAGUGCGCCGAGCGUGGCGGAGGCACGCGCCACGGUGCCGCUGACGGCGGCGGCGAGCGGCGCGGAAGCGGUCCGCGUGGCGGCCUGCACACGCUCAAGGCACGCGUUGAAGGCGCAGGGGGCAGGGUCGACCCCCGUCCCAAAGUCGACUUUGGAGCGCGUCGGCGUGUCGCUCGAGACGCCCUGUUUCUCUCACGGUCAACUCUAUGUCGCGGCGUCACGAGUCGGCCACCCAGACAACAUCCGGUUCUUCGUCCCACGCAACAGCGACGGUCGUCACGUCACCGCGAACGUUGUCUACUCCGAGGUGCUGCCUGACACGGCCGACGCUUCCGAACCACCUUUCGACGAGAGCGGCGCUGCUGGAUGGGGCGACUUUGACGACAACUACGGCGAGUAUCGAUCGACGCUAACCGAGUCCGAGCGUGACAGCACGCCGAUGCACGAACAGCACGAGCACCUACGACGAGUGCCCGUUGCUCAGUACCAAACGCUCUCCGAGGAGGAGAUUGUGGAUGGCGGCAUUUACUGCACUGGCUGUUCCGCCGAACCGUUCGAGAUCACUCGAGAGCGACUGUGGCUUUCCCUGCCUGUGCGCGAUCGCGAGCAAUUGGAGCGCAUGUCCCCAUAUGAGGUGCUGAUGAACGCGCCCAGCGCGCCGCGCCUCCAAGCCGUUGCCGAGCAUUGA